UUUCCCGCCCUAUAGUUGUGCGCGGAUCUGACGACUGACGUAAUUGCGCCGACGCCAUUUUAGCCGGUCCCACACGCACUGAACGUGGCGGCCAUUUUGUUUUGGACACCGAGCGGGAGCUGGCGGCGACGGCGGCGGCGGCGGCAGCUGUGGUGGUACAGACGCAAGGCUGGGAAGGGCAGGCCAGGCGAGCAAGCGGGUCGGCCGACUAGACAGCCAACCAACAACAACGAACUAACCUUGCAAUCUACCGCUUACGCGUCUAACCAACCGCCCACCUAGUUAACCCGAGCCCCUCCACCGUCAACUGAGGUUCGGCCGGUCCCCGGCCCGCCUGCCGCAGCCGUGGUGGCAGCCCCGGGCGGAGCGCUGGCGUCCGUUUCCUUCGAUUCUCGGGAUUUGAAGAUGGCUGCACAGUCAGCGCCGAAAGUUGUGCUAAAAAGCACCACCAAGAUGUCUCUAAAUGAGCGCUUUACUAAUAUGCUGAAGAACAAACAACCGAUGCCAGUGAAUAUUCGGGCUUCGAUGCAGCAACAACAGCAGCUAGCCAGUGCCAGAAACAGAAGACUGGCCCAGCAGAUGGAGAAUAGACCCUCUGUCCAGGCAGCAUUAAAACUUAAGCAGAAGAGCUUAAAGCAGCGCCUGGGUAAGAGUAACAUCCAGGCACGGUUAGGCCGACCCAUAGGGGCCCUGGCCAGGGGAGCAAUCGGAGGACGAGGCCUGCCCAUAAUCCAGAGAGGCUUGCCCAGAGGAGGACUGCGUGGGGGACGUGCCACCAGAACCCUACUUAGGGGCGGGAUGUCACUCCGAGGUCAAAACCUGCUCCGAGGUGGACGAGCCGUAGCUCCCCGAAUGGGCUUAAGAAGAGGUGGUGUUCGAGGUCGUGGAGGUCCUGGGAGAGGGGGCCUAGGGCGUGGAGCUAUGGGUCGUGGCGGAAUCGGUGGUAGAGGUCGGGGUAUGAUAGGUCGGGGAAGAGGGGGCUUUGGAGGCAGAGGCCGAGGCCGUGGACGAGGGAGAGGUGCCCUUGCUCGCCCUGUGUUGACCAAGGAGCAGCUGGACAACCAACUGGAUGCGUACAUGUCGAAAACGAAAGGACACCUGGAUGCCGAGUUGGAUGCCUACAUGGCGCAGACAGAUCCUGAAACCAAUGACUGAAGCCUGCCCUCCCUCCUGUGAGAGACUCUUGUUAAAGUCACCACAUCUGUAAAUAACUUUCAGAUAACAGAUGAGAAGAAACUUGAUUGAUGCUGGAUGGACCUAUGACAACAGGCUAUGGACUUAACUUGCCACCAGUUUGUGCAUUUAGGUGUUCCUUUCACUUUUUGAUACUGUGUUGUAUGAAACUUUUUUUCCUUUGA